GUGGCCCCUUAUUGAGCCGAGUUUGCCAAGUCAUUAUAUGGGAACAUCCAGAAUUCUUGUCGGGAAUUUUUUGAUAGUUCUCUCGUAUUUUUUUGUUAUCACCGCCGGUCGUGUUAGAUAUCGAUAUCAAUCUUUAAUUGUCUUUUCUUGUUUGUGGAUCUAUACGCUGGAGACUUACGGCACAUAUUACCACGACACUUAAACUCAUGCCUUUUAAUGAUUAAGAAUUUGAAGCUUUUCUAAAGGAACACUGACUUCAUCGUAGCUGCGAAUUGGAGGUCUUGUUUUGAUGGAGUUGUUGAAUGCCACUUGUGAUGCUAGCUGUAUAGAGGGAAAAGUAUCGGCGCGAUCAGAUUCUACAGCAGAACCAAAAAAGGAGAUUAAGAUUAGGCAUGACCAUGACGCGCCCGCGGAAAUCUCUGCACUUGAACGGAGCAUAAGGAAUCAAAUUAUGGAAGUCACUGUAAUCACAUCGAUUUCUUCGACAUACACGCAAAGUUCGACCGGCUCAUUAAUAACAACGCCCCCUUCAUUAUUCAACCGAUCUGCUUUUGCAGAACCACAGGACGGAAAUGAUUGCAAUCCUCAGAUCGAUCAGUUCAAAUCUCAAGCUUCACAACAGAAUUCUCAACAGCUAUCCCAAGCAACACAACAGUUUUCGCAACAGGCUUCGCAAAUAUCACAGAAAGCUUCGCAAUCUGUUAGCCAAGCUCUCGCUGCUCAAACAUCUGCUCAGAUCGCAGAAUCUUCAGCACGGGCUGCGCAGUCAUCGGCUCAAGCUGCUGCCGAUUCAGCCAACUCUUCUUUAUCUUCAAUCAAAAUAUCAGCAUCAUCAGCAGUGGCUGCGGCGUCAGCGAGCGCUUCUAGUGCGGCUAUGAGCGCUUCUGUUGUUGUAUCCUCAGCCCUUUUAUCGGCCAGUGCUUCUGUUUCCAUGGCAGUUUCUUCAGCAAAUGCUUAUGUUAGUGAUGCCAGAGCUACUGCCACAUUUGCGAUUGCACAGGCUCAAGCUACAAUCUCAUUAACUAACUCACAAGCUUCAGCAUCUGUACGAUCAUCACAAGUCCAGGCCAUCACAGCAACACAAGCUGCAAUCGCAAUUGUGGGCUCCAUAAUCGGCUCUUCACUUUUAUCCAUCCUCUUAUAUUUCCUCUUAUCUAGAUAUAGGAAACGCAAACAGAAUGAAAUCGAGAACAACGACUUCCCUCAAAAAAUUUACAAGGAGCCAUUAAAUAUUCCCAUCCCAGAACCGAAGCCUUUCAGAAUGUCAUAUAUAAUACCAACUCCUCCUCCCGAUGCCGAAUUUCCGGAAGGAGGCCCUUUCAGACAGAACAGACUCUGGUCAAUGAGAACAUCGAGAACGUUGAGGAAUGCGGAUGAGAGGUCAAUGGAUGUUCCACUGGCUUUUAGAGAUGGACCGGGGCCAUCAAUUUCGGAAAAGCCUCCGAGACCGAGUCUCGGGGGCGAGAAGAGAACAUUGGUUUAUGAUGCGGAUUUUCCGGACCAACCUCCCAAAUUUGGUGACGGGAAAGAAUUGGGCGAUUUUUGGGAUGCGGAAAAGAAGGGAGGAAUAGGAGGGUUGGGUGGAGGGGGUAAGAAGGCUUCAAUUGGGAAGGCUAUUUGAGGGUUGUUGAUGGAAGGGAGUUCUGGAUAUGGAUGAGUCAUUGAAGACAGGAAGAUAGGAUGAGUGGUGGGCAGGACUUACACUCGUAAUGAUGCUAUGAUGAUGGGUGAAUGAGGGUAUAUAUUAUUUAUUAAUACUAGAUACACACUAGAUGCGUUCCAUUACUUUCGGAUUCCUUUCGAGGGGGUUGAUAGCUUUA